AUGAAGAAGGGAGCAUUUGGCUCCGGCGGCUUUGGCGCCUUCUCGUCGUCCACAGCAUCGCUGUCCUACGUCGCUCCGCCUCCCGACCUCUCCAGCCUCCCCCAAGACGUCAUCGUACCUUUCAAGAACCUCCUCAAGCGAGACAGCACAACAAAGUCCAAGGCCCUCGAAGAGAUACUGGCAUGCGUCAAGAAGUCCGACGAGCCCGUCGACGACUCCGUUAUAGAUCUCGUCAAGUCAGCAAAGAAACGUAUCGAAAAGACCCUACCGAAACUUGUCGGCCCAUGGGUUGCUGGCACUUUCGACAAGGACAAGGGCGUCGCCCGCGCUGCUCUGGCCGUCUCGGCUCACAUUCUCGACUCGGACCAGAAGAAGGCAAAGUUCUGGAUCGCGUUCCAGGGGAAGCUCCUAGAAUAUGCUAACGAAGCCAUCCGAGAAACAGUCGACUCUCUUAGUGAUGAGAGGACGACAUCGAAGGAGGACAUGGAGGCGAAAUACUACCGCGUGCUUGGGAGUAGUAUGGCUAUGAUCCAGCACCUGUUGCCCACAAUCAAGGACGACCAAUACCCCGACGAACUGAAGCGCUUCUUCGACGCCGAUACUCUUUGGACCCUGGCCGCCUCCGAUGAUGCCUCUGUACGCCGCGCCUUCUACCAGCUCGUCGCGAGUUACCUCGACAACAAGCCUAGUCUGUUGGAGCCCAAGUUGAAGGAUGUCGGCAGGGCAUUGGUGGCCGAGAGCCCCAAGAAGGAUCAGAGGGGCUCGGCCGUGGAUCUCCUAAGGGCAUUGAUCAGCGUCACAAAACGUUUCCCAAAGGUUUGGGGUAGUAAGAGUCCCUUGGAUCGCCUAAGGCCUCUGGUCCAAAAAGGUUCUCAGGGAGGCUCGGAUGAAUACUGGACGGAGCUGGAUCAGUUGCUUGUUGUUUUGUCAACAUCUUCCCCAGAUUACGCUGCGACUACCUCGGCAUUUCUCAAGUCCAUGAGAACCGCCAUUACGAGCCGUGAGGAGCGCCGUCAAAAUACCGCGUCUGCUUGGGCUUGUUAUCUCAACACUGUCGAUCGUUUUACCGCAAGCUCUACGCCAAGCCCGGAAUUCCUUCAGGAAAACCUAUACCCAUUAACUCAGGAAUACUUGCUUCCAUCUGAUAAAACAUCGGCCUGGGCUUCUGCGCAGCCUCCACACUUGCUCAAGGCAUGGAAGAUCGUACCAUACACAACAAGCGAGGAAGUGCGGUCAUCAGCAAAAGAAGAAUGGCAGAAGCUCGGUGACGACUUUGCCACGGAUCUUUCCAACUCUCUCCCUGAAGUUUCCCCCGAUUAUGAAAAGUCUCAGUGGGAGCUGGCAGCCAUAGGUGAACGCUGGUUUAAUCUAGUAGAAGGUUUCUUGAGGGGGGCGCCCAGUCAACAAACCUUCGAUGGAGAUUCCGAUCUGCCAAGUCUGGUCGCUUCGACCUCAAGCAAACUGUUGGAUAGCGCACAAGAUCUUCUUUACAGGCGAAACUACAAGCCUUUCUGCGCUGCGGCUGUUCUAAAGGCCGCCUUCACCAAGGUUCCAGGCCUCUGCGCCAAGAGCGAUUUGAUCAAGAAGAUUUUCCCACUCGGCGACCAAGAAGCUUUCGAAAAGAUCGUCGUGUCUCGAUCGUUCCCAUAUCUGGCGUCUUGUUUGGCUGCCGUUACUCAAGACCAGCCUGACUUCUCCGACCAAGUCUGGGCAAAGCUUAUCGACGCUGCAUUGAGCCGUGGCUUUCCUUCCGGUGCGCCAAUCGUCAAGGAUCUGGUGUCUGUCCCCCUUCCCCAGGCCGUUGCGCAGAAGAACGAAUCACUUCAAAAGUUUAUUGUUGAAGCCUGGCAUGAUUUUGCCCAAGAGGAGCCUUCAUCUCCCGUUGUCGCACAACUUUGCAAAGCCAGUAUUUCUCAUUCCAUCUUGGAUGGCAGUGCGAUACAGUCUCUCGCUAGCUCGUUUGCGCAGGACGUUGAUGUACCCGGGAAAUACGAUCCAGAGUUCAAGGCUCUCGAACUUCUACUUCGCAGCAAUUCAGCCCUGUUCGGAGAUGCCCCUGUUGAUCUGUUCAUGAAGCUCUUGUCCUUGGAAGAAACGUCCGACUCCGAAAAGGCAAGCAAGGUUGCGGCCAUAAGGUCACUUAUCCAGAAACAGUACGGUGCGGACAAGUUGUGGCUUGAAGUCAUUCGCCGUAGCUUGGCUGAUGCCGAACCAUCGUCUCUUGAUAUCAACACCUUGGUCCGUCAUGCCAAGGACAUGUUGAGAUCUGAUCCUUCCCUAUCCAUCACUAGCAGCUUUGGUGGUGCCUACUUCCUGGCGACGGAGGGCAAGGGUAGUACCCCAACGACCCAGAAAAGGGAUCGCCAGGGCCGAUCGAUUCCUGCGAGGAUGGCCGUAUACACCACUCAACUCCUCAGGGAUGUAGAGGUGGAAAAGCUUCCGGUCGACCUCCUGGAGCUCAUUUUCCUGACUGGUGUUCUUGCAAAUGACGACUUGACUGUCAUGAAGGAGAAUGGGCUGUGGAGUUUGCAUGCCACUGAGGAGACCAGAACCGAGAGAUCUGAUGAGAUUCAGUCUUUCCUGGGUCUGGGUACCACGCUUCUUGCCCGAGUGGCCGGGGCUUCGACGGCCUGGAAAGACGGUGAUCUCAAUGGAAACAGCUUGGCAGAAACCCUCAUUCAGUCCUUGCUCCAGAAGGCUGUAGACUUGAGUUUCAAGUCACUUUACGCAUCCAAGGCCCUCACAGAACUGCUGCAGGCUCUUGUGAGCGUGCAUGGCUACCCCGUCGGCGUCAAAUGUGACGAGUGGUUCAACAAGCUUGGUGUUAUGAAGGCCACGCCGCAGACCGUCUUUGCCGCCAUCGCCUUCCUUAUCGGGCUCGACGAAGGACUUUCUUCAUCCAGAGCUGUUGCGAACCUUUACAACCGCCUUGUGUCUGACAUUGUAGGAUGCUUCCCAUCAUCGCCGAAAACCCUGUACAAUAUGGUUCUCCUGACCGUCUGCCUUUCGGUGUACCCUCCAGCAAAGACACCGGUUGAGCAGCGCAAACUCGUCUUCGCUCUUAAGCAGUUCAGUACGUGGGUGCAAACUUCCGACGAGAUGACGUUCGGUCUUACCGCCGAGGUGUGCAAGGGCAUUCAUAGGAUUUUGCCCAAUGUCGCCCAGGUGUAUGGGCCGUACUGGCGGGAAGCCAUUGAUUACUGCCUCUUGUUGUGGGAGAAGGCCAGGAGCGAUACCCCUCAGAGAUGGCCCGCCUACGUUCUGCCCUCCAUCAGGCUCAUUUCAGCAAUGGAGACUUUGGAGGAUGCUAACGAUGACCUUGUCGAGGCCUUGGAAGAGACCGCACUCGACCGAUCCAAGGCACUUAUUCGGCUACUUGAAUUGCCUCAUGAUGUGGUUAACACAGCUCGUCGAAUCCUCGAUGAGACACUCUGCAGGGUAGUCCAGAAGAUCCCCCUGAAGCAUCUCACCUCUGAGGAGGAUUUGUUGUCCAACCUUUACGGGUUGUUGUCUUCCGGCUCACGUGACGUUCAAACAGCUGCAUUCAGUCUGCUGCACCGGGCCCUGCCUGCCAAGCAAGAAGAGGAAGUCUUGGAAACUCUUCUUGAAGAAAAGGCCGCCAAACUCCCGGAUGAGCUCCUCGCCCUCGUCCAGUCCGUGCCGGCAUUGGAGAAGUACACUGAUGAGGAACUUGCGGUCUUCCCUGUGGAUAUUCGCGCUUACCUCCUUGGCUGGCACCUCGUAUUCGAUGCGUACAACCAGGCUCCUCUUCAAGUCCGCAAGCAAUACACGGAAUAUCUUAAGGCUGACAACUCCCUCAACACUUUGCUGGAGCUGAUGUUCGAUAUCCUCGGCCACUCCGCCGGUCAGGCGCUGAACCUCGACAAGAGCACCUUCAGUGUGGAGCAUAUCCGUUCAUAUGACAUCACCCAGUCCGACGAAGGAUCCCCAGAGCGCGACAUGCAGUGGCUACUCGUCCAUCUCUUUUACCUCUCGCUCAAGUUCCUCCCCGGCCUCGUCAAGUCAUGGUACCUCGACUUGCGCAGCAAGCAAACGAAGAUCGCCCUCGACUCAUGGAUGGCCAAGUACUACGCCCCGCUCCUAAUCUCGGACGCCCUUGACGAAGUCAACGACUGGGCCUCCUCGCAAGAAGCGCCGCAAGAAGAUGAAAAGGAGCUCCGCGUGCGCGUCAAUCGUAUGGCUAAGGAAAUCUCAGCCGGCUACGAGAUCGAUGAAGAGUUCGCCUCCAUCGCCAUCAAGAUCCCCGCCGGCUACCCGCUCGAGUCGGUCGAGGUCAUCGGCGAGAACCGCGUGGCUGUCAACGAGAAGAAGUGGCAGAGCUGGGUGCGCGCCACGCAGGGCGUCAUCACGUUCGCCAACGGCAGCAUCACGGACGGCUUGGCCGCCUUCCGGAGGAACAUCAUCGGUGCCCUCAAGGGCCAUACUGAGUGCCCCAUCUGCUAUGCGGUCGUGUCGGCUGACAAGAAACUGCCGGAUAAGAGGUGCGGUACCUGCAACAACUUGUUCCAUAGGUUGUGUCUUUAUAAGUGGUUCCAGAACAGCAACAAGAAUACCUGUCCGUUGUGCCGCAACCCGAUUGAUUAUUUGGGGAGUUCGACGAGAAGGGGUGGAGGUGAUUAA